GGAAGGAUGAGCUCCUAUGCUGACAUCUGUGGUUCCAAGCAAUCGCAGGGCAGCACUGAGGGAGGGUACCAACGCUACGGAGUUCGGUCCUACCUGCAUCAGUUUUAUGAGGACUGCACAGCUUCAAUUUGGGAGUAUGAGGAUGAUUUUCAGAUCCAGAGAUCGCCUAGCAGGUGGAGCUCUAUGUUCUGGAAGGUCGGACUCAUCUCCGGGAUGGCUUUCAUGCUGAUAGGUGUAACGGUUCUUGUAGUGGGUUUUCUUGUGCCACCAAAAAUCGAAGCUCUUGGGAAGGAUGAUUUUGUUGUUGUGGAUACCCGUGCCGUUCAGUUUAAUGGGUCCCUUGAUAUAUGCAAGCUGGCAGGAGCAAUCUUGUUUUGUGUUGGAGGGUCCACUGUAGCAGCAUGUCUCCUGAUGUCUGCUUUUGCUAAAAGUUACUCCAAAGAAGAGAAGUACCUCCAGCAAAGAUUUAAAGAGAGAAUAGCUGAUAUAAAAGCCCAUGCAAACCCAGUCACAAAAGCGCCAGCACCAGGGGAAUCAAAGAUACCUGUUACUUUGUCCAGAGUUCAAAAUGUCCAACCUUUAUCUGAAACCUGACCCUCCCCUUAGGUUUUAUUUCUCACUUGUAGAUCAUUUUAACUGGAAAGUAUCAGCCGUUGUUGGUAUCUGUGCUAGUCAAUUACAACAUUGAGUGCUCUGCUAUAUAAAUAUGCAGCUGAUAGGGAAGCUGCUUCAGUAAAAAUUU